AUGAAGCGCAUCUUUAACUCUAUCAGCAAGCGGACUAGUCCCACGCGCCCCAGCCUUGCAACAACUACAACUUAUCCCGACGACUCGCCUGAGGGGAUCAUUCUGCGAGAAGUGACCGCAUUCUGCGAAGAAGGUGCGAACAGUGUUGGGAAUGAGUACGUCCAUCUGCCGGGCAUCGUCGAAAACGCCGAAUCGAGCCCCAACGCAGCUCGCGAAGCCGCAUUGCUGAUCCGCAAGAUCCUGUCGGAACCUUCGAAGCAGCCCACUCAUGUGCAGUACAAUGCCAUCAUGCUAAUCCGCAUCCUCGCCGAUAAUCCGGGCCAUACCUUCUCGCGCAACAUCGACGCCAAGUUUGUUGCUACGAUUAAGGACCUCUACAAACAGGGCAGGGACCACCGCGUUCACGGCUUUCUGAGAGAGACCUUGGAUGCGUUGGAGUUGCAGCGAUCGUGGGAUGAAGAUCUCAAGCUUCUCUUGCAGAUGUGGAGCGCCGAGAAGGCUAAGAACAAUAGCAGCCGGCCGAACGGACUACGUGCCAGCCGGAGUUCAUCGCAAGUGCGGGCGCCUCUACUGAGUCAGAACCACUUUGCUCCUCCAAGACAGCAGAACACGCUCCCACAGCCUGAAGAGCUUGCUGAGCGGAUUUCCGAAGCAAAGACUUCAGCGAAAUUGCUCACGCAGUUUGUCCAAUCCACCCCUCUUACAGAGUUGCUCGAGAAUGAUCUCAUCACUGAAUUCUCCGACCGAUGUCGCACGGCGUCUCGCAUUAUUCAGAACUAUAUCCAUGCGACGAAUCCAGCGCCCGAUGAGGAUACGUUGUUGACACUGAUUCAAACCAAUGACGAACUCACCGUGGCUCUAUCGAACCAUCAGCAUGCCCUGCUUCGGGCGCGUAGAUCGCAGGGCCCAAGCGGUAGCCAGUCUCCGGCAACAUCAUCCAACGAUGAGACUGCAGCGUCUGGUGCUGUGCAACCACACGCAGCACCUCCAGUGCCACCCAGAGAGCCGCAACGUACUUUCUUGCCAUCUUCUGCCUCGGAACCGGUGAUGCCGGGUCCUUCGGGGUCAUCCAGCAACAACGGCGGUUGGAACGACCAGCGGUCGGGAGGUAGCGAGGACCAAGACCCGUUCGCAGAUCGCCACACCACUACCACCGCCGGCCCUUCAACGUAUGGUGAGCCGAGGUUGGACGGGCCGAGCAGCGACUGGUGGAAGGAAGCACAACAGCGGCCAGGCCAGCAUUCUUAA